AUGUACACACACACCGCCCGCUUGUACCUAUCCUUUAGUCGGCUCGACAUUAGGAAUUUCCCGGAAAAUAUAUCUUUCCCCGGAAAGUUUCAACCUUUCCCUGAAAACACUCUUAACUCUGACCAUGUACCUAACGGAAAUCUCCAACUUCCCGUCACUCCUUCCUUCCGCGGUGCUAAGAAACAUUCCGUUCCAUCCAAUUUGGAUCUCAUCUCUAGCUCCUUCGAUGACGCUGUGCUCCGCCGCUUGAAAUCUCUCGGUCCGCCGUCCAUCAGCUUGUCCUGGCUCUCCAAGGCCGUUGAUUUUCUCGCCUCGACUCACUCCGAAGCGAGAAACCUCAUCUCCGAUCUCAAGGUCGCGCCGCCUCUCGAUGACUCGCUCGCUUGGUAUUUGGACAACAGCGUCAAGCUCUUGGACCUCUGCAACUCCAUCUCUGCCGAGAUCGAACGCCUUCGCCAGCGCCGCCUUCAUCUCACCUUCGUCCUUCACCUUCUCGGCGACGGAAAGGGUGAAGAGCUCCCGUCGCCGGAGAAUCUGCACCGAUCUCGCAAAUCUCUAUCCGAUUUUGAUCGCGGUGCUUCUUCUGGCUUUGGAAAGCGGAGCAACGCCGAAGUCUUGGUCAGAGAUCUGAACCUGGGCCUGACUCGCCUGAGCAACGCGCCACGUGGCAAGAUCUCGAGCGUGGCAAAGCUCGUGCGUCGAACAGUGCGCGCGGUGGGACUGGUGACUGUGUUCAUCGCUGGAAUCGCGGUGUCGACAAUUCACGGAUCUCCGGAUAUGGUUAGGGUCCGAGCCUCGGCGGAGUUUCCAUGGGCCGAGUCGUUCAACGAGCUUGAAUCGGCAGUCUGGGCCGAGUUCGAACGGCGAUCCGGGCGCAGCAAUGAUGAGAAACUGAAAGGGAUGUUGGAAGAGUUGGAUGACGUCGGAACACGUGUUAAGGAUGCGUGUGGGGUCGUGGAUGACCUGGCAGGAGUUGCGGAAGUGAACAUGGAAGGAAGGGGCGGUUAG